AUGAGCCUACUUAGAAUUACUCCUUCAAUUCAUAGUUCUGUUUCAUCUCGACUGUUGAGGCUUAGCAUCUUUCUACUACUUAGCCUUCCUGACUCAAAAGGAAAAGCCAUUUGGACAGCCCACCUGAAUAUAACGUUUCAGGUGGGAAAUCAGAUUAUAUCAGAAUUAGGAGAGAGUGGAGUGUUCGGGAAUCAUUCUCCUCUGGAAAGGGUGUCUGGUGUGGUGGUACUUCCUGAAGGAUGGAAUCAGAACGCUUGUAACCCUAUGACCAAUUUCAGCAGGCCUGAGCGAGCAGACUCUUGGCUGGCCCUCAUUGAACGGGGAGGCUGUACUUUCACACACAAAAUCAACGUGGCAGCAGAGAAGGGAGCAAAUGGGGUGAUCAUCUAUAACUAUCCAGGUACGGGCAACAAAGUAUUUCCCAUGUCUCACCAGGGAACGGAAAAUAUGGUCGCAGUGAUGAUAGGCAACCUGAAAGGCAUGGAACUUUUGCACUUGAUUCAGAAAGGAUUCUAUGUGACGAUCAUCAUUGAAGUGGGGAGAAUGCACUUGCCCUGGCUGAGCCAUUAUGUCAUGUCUCUGUUUACCUUUCUGGGUGCCACAGUGGCCUACCUGUUCCUGUACUGUGCCUGGAGACCUCGAGUGCCCAAUUCUUCCACCAGGAGGCGAAGACAGAUAAAGGCAGAUGUGAAGAAAGCUAUUGGGCAGCUUCAACUGCAAGUGCUCAAAGAAGGGGAUAAGGAACUAGAUCCAGAUGAAAACAAUUGUGUUGUUUGCUUUGACAUAUACAAGCCUCAAGAUGUAGUACGUAUUUUAACUUGCAAACAUUUUUUCCAUAAGGCAUGCAUCGACCCCUGGCUUUUAGCCCAUAGGACAUGCCCCAUGUGCAAGUGUGACAUUCUGAAAACUUAA